AAUUAAGGCGUUGCCUAGACGAUAGAAGGGUUUGUUUGAAUGGGUGGAUGCCAAUACUCACAAGUUGGGAAGAUCCCUUUUACCUCAUUCUUGUCGCCUCGCCUCGUCUGUCUUGCUUGCUAGCUAGCUAGCUAGCAGAUCGAAAAUAAUGGUGGUAAGGGCAAUGAGGGCGGAGAGGGCGGUGGAGGGGGUGGGGGCAGCGGAGGCGUGGAGGCUGUACGGCAGCAUCCGGCUGUCCCAGGUGGUGGCCCGGUCCCUCCCGGAGCUGAUCUCCCGGAUCGAGGUGGUCCGGCUGGAGGGGGAGGAGGGCGGCGCCGGCACCGUCCUCCAGCUCUUCUUCGUGGACGAGGCGCUGAUGUCCCCCUACAAGGAGAAGUUCACGCUGGUGGACGACGCCCGCCGGGUGAAGGAGACGGAGGUGGUGGAGGGCGGCUACCUGGACCUCGGCUUCUCCCUCUACAGGGUCAGGUUUGAGCUCAUCGACGGUGGUGGUGGUGGUGAUGUUAAUAGCAGCAGCAGCUGCUGCACGGUCCGAACGACGGUUGAGUACGAGGUGAAGGAAGGGUGCGACGAGGAGACCGCCGCCAAGCUGGUUUCAAUGGAGCCUCUCCUUGAGGUUAUGCGGGUUGCCUCGGAUCAUCUGCUCGCCGCUGCUGCUCCACCUCCGCAUGAUGAAUCCCAAUCUUAACACCACUCCAUCAGGCAGGUUAAUUAUAAUUACUUACUUUGAGCGAGGAUGAUUGAGGCGAUUCAUUGUCUCUUAUAUAUAUAUAUAUAUUGAUUAUUA